GUCUCAUCACUCUGGCAGCUCAGAGAGGCCUUCACUUGAUCCCUGACAGUGUCCGCGUGUUGGUCUCGUGCGGAUACCUGCGGCCCUCGCUGCUUUGAAGGAUGGCUACUUUCAGUGUCUGGGUUGGAUUGGCGAUAUUGGUGGUGGCGGUAUGUGGACAGCAAGAUAACACCAUCGUCGAGCCGCUCGACUCGCCCUCGCCGCUCUACCCGGGAGAGGUGGAGAUACUGCGCGACACACCCUGUCCCAACGGACUGUAUGAAGACACGGACAGACCCGCGGCGACCGACACCAAAAUCUGCGUGGAGGCUCGACUCAAUUGCAGAAUCGGUGUAACGUGGCAGAGUAUGUGCAAUAACUGCACGUGCAAGGAAGGCAGCGGAAACCUGCCCUCCAUUGAGUGCACGCAAGAGGACUGCUUUGGUUACGAACUCCCUGAAGAAGACCUGGGAAACAGCAACAUAUGCGGCGACGUGUACGAAUGCCCAGAGGGCUGCGUUUUUGUCCGUCGCACAUCCAGCUGCAUCUAUUGCCGGUGUGGUACCGUGGAACCGGCCAAUGAGGAGACGGCGCCAGCUGAGCCGGAAACCCAGUGAUGAGGGAUCGAAUCCAGCAAGAUGCGAUGUUUUUCUCAGUCCUAGCUUGGACAUGCAACCUCUAAGUUUCCAUUCGAAAUACAAUUAUAUUUGCUUCUUAGUGAAAGCAACGAUUAUUGAAUGAUAUGAUAAUGCAUUCAAUGCAUCCGCCGCGGUGAAAUGGAAGCAUACGUGAAAAAUGCUAUGACGCUGAAGGCCAUGAAAUGCCGGGCAUCCUCACGUCCAGCUUCGCAAGUAAUAAAGCUGUGCUGCGUAUGUAAUACACUAAAUACCAUG